CAUUUUGACUGACUCUCAACCUUUGAGCCAGCGCAUGUACAAGGGAGGAGAACCUUUGAUGGGUUAAAUUCAUAAAUGUAAACCUCUGAGUCGCGCGUCACAUCCUUGGAAUGCAGUGGGAAAAAAAAGUUUCAAUGCGGAAUGUUCGUCUGCUCUAUUUCGGGUGCAGAAGAAGAGAACAUCCAAGAACGUGUCUACAUGUCAUCGAAUGUCAUCAUAUCUGUGAUGACAGGCAAACUUUCAGCGACAAAUGGCUCCCAUGUUUGUGAUUGAAACCCAACAUUGCAACACAAAGAAUUAUGCAAUCACAGGACGUUCUCACCUCAGCUCUGGGAAGACAAGACUUUGAUACAAAGUAUCAAGUAUUUAAGUGAGAAAUGUCAGCUUUAUCGGACAUUGGUGUGGUUUCUUCCAUCGGAGGGAGUCCAAUACUUCACUGCUGAUCAAGGAAACCAUCUGAAUCCCAUUGCUACAGGAGGAGGAGUUGAGUGAGCAAAAGGCAUCUCUGUUUUAUCAGCUGCUAGUUGGAGGAAGACUUUAUUCUCUGCAGCCCGGCUGACAUGGAGGAGCUACUACUACCAUUACUACCAGGACUACUGCCAGUACUAGCGACUACAAGCACACAGCGCAAGAUCACUUGCAUUUUUGUCUUCUUUGUGGUCUUUGUGUGGAGGUCAGAAGGUGAGAACAAAGCCAACUGUCCCAGACCGUUCCAAGGAAAUCACAAAGUCCUGAGUCUCGAGUCGGUUCUGGUCAACACAUUCCAGGAAGGUUCCAGCGCCAUCAUGGAGUGCGGCACCGGCUACGUGCAGGAGAGCGGCUCCGGCUCCAUCACCUGCCACAACGGCAACUGGACGCAGCUGACUCUCACUUGCAAAAAGAAGGACUGCGGGCCUCCCAAGCCUACACCCAACAUGACCUUCAACAUCAGCAGCGGCACGCUCCUCGGCGACGUCAUCAAGGUCACGUGUGACGAAGGUUAUCGCAUCAGAGGAUCAAGCUACAAGGAGUGCAUCGCUGCAGGCUGGAAGGGUAUAGCCAGCUGUCUAACUAUUACCUGCCCAAAACCUGCAGAGGUGACCAAUGGCAAAGUCUUGUGGGACUCUCAGGACCUGCCAAAGUACGGCGAGACGCUGCAGUUUGAGUGUGAUGGCGGCUACAUACUCACUGGGGAGCGCAGCCUCGUGUGCGGCAAGGGCGGCAAAUACCAAGCUCCGCCUCCUCAAUGCAAAGAGGCGUCCACCUCACCGAGUCCUUCGGCCACAACACCUGCUCUAAGAGAUAAAACUAUCACCACAGCAGCAGCCACCAACACAUCCCAAGAAAAAAGCGAUAUUGCUGCAAACGCCACCAAGGACACUGUAUGUCCCUCCUACAGAUUAUCUUCCUGUUGUGGUCAGCGUCGUUUGCGUUUCGCUAGGUGGAUGCAUCGUAGCAAUAUGUCUGCAUAGGUUCCUUCUCAAGAAGAAAGGGUCAUACGACACUCGAGAAGACCUGAAGCCCGAGUUACUGAGCUUCCAAAAUGUGUAGAAGGUCCGCCUCACCAAGGUACCGUCAGUUGGCGUGCGUCAAAGCAGCCAAGGAAUUUUCCAGAUUGUUUGUGCCACCUUGGCAUGAGAAGGUUGUCUUAUUUACCUCCCAGGGAGGGCUGGAAGAGUGCCUAUCUGCCGAGGAGCAUCUGGGAGCCAGGAAGGACGUGCCAACAACAUGCCGCAGCAGUUCCUCCGUCUGCAAAAGAAGAAUAAAAAGGGAAUUUAUUGAACUCUGGCGUCCACUGGCAGUUGAGUCUGCUGAGUCAAAAUGUCGUUUUUGUUGUCACAUUUCCAUUGUUAUUUAAUCGAUUGUAUUUUCAAUGCUGCCUAAUGUAUUGUUUUAUGUUGAAAACUGGAAUAAAGACGUAACUGGGA